CUUUGUUCUGUUUUGUUUUGUUUUGCUUGUUCUUCACAUUACGCCUCCUCCCUCCCCUUCCUCCUCUUUAACUUUUGGUUCCAUCCAAGAAUCAUUCAUUUUAAUUUCUUCGAAGAAGAAGAAGAAAGACGAAGAUUCUUCGAUUCAUCUCCCCAAAUCAUCCAUCAAAAGGAAGGGAACAAAGAUCUAGUUAGGGUGCAGUCGCAGAGAGACGAGGCUGAACGCUAUUCCUAUGAGAAAACCUCUCUAGAGUCCCUCAAAGCCUUCCAAUGGCUUUCUCUCAAUCAUUCCUCUUCUUCAGAUGAGUCGCCUGUGUCCGUUGCACGCAUCCCUCGCUCUUACGUCCCAAUGUCUCCGCCACCAUCCUUUCACACGUCCAAAGAACAAACUCAGAGGAAGAACACUGCUGCUGCAGUCGAGGACCGUAAGAGUGCCAGAGCAACUUCUGCCCCGCGCCCACGCGCAGUUUUGUCGAGUCCAGAGAACGAUUUGAUCAUCGGGAGGAAGAAAUCGCACGCCAGAAAAGAGCAGCUUCCGGGUCUGGAAAAUCGCAACAGGCACGCACAAUGCAAGAUUCUCCCUAAAUCCGUUGCUUUCGAUUGCUCUUCACCUGCACGCGGAUAUAACAAGGAAUUAGUAGAGCCAAGAAGCAGUAUUCGAGCAAAAAACAGAGCUUCAUCGGAUAGUUCGACCAAAAAAAAAGAUGAGAAAAAGACCGCCCCAAGACCUGCCCCGACUUGAGUUUGGACAAAAAUGUCGACAACAUUUGUCGAAAAUUUUGGAACAUACAACGUUUGCGUGGUUUGUUGAUUGCCCUUUUUUUUUUAGCGUCGAAUGUAAGGUAAGACGGUUUGAACGAGCCAUUUUGUCGCAAUCGAAAGGCAGAAAUGAAACGUCGAAUCUA